AUGGAACCUGUUGACGCCGAACGCGCGCGACAGCUAUCGCUCUUUCGGCCCUUAGGCUAUCAACGUAACUCAUGUGGCUACUGCAAAUCGAGCGAUGGCAGCGCAUCAUACUACACCAGUUCAGUGGCCGUGCGGCCCGAGCACUAUGGGGAACUGAUUGAUCGGGGAUGGAGGCGAUCGGGCACCCUUUACUACAAACAGAAUCUCCAGCGAUCCUGCUGCCCGCACUACACGCUGAGAUUGGAAGCCUCGGCUUUUCGCCCCCGUCGUGAUCAGCGCCGGGCCAUCAACCGUUGGAAUAGAUUUAUUCUGGGACCAGAGUAUAUACGAAAAGUGGCUAAUCUUUGCCCUCGUUCUCGGGAGGAGAAGAAACAUCGAAAGUGUAACUUCGAUCUACUCUCGGCUGUUCAUGAAGCCGAAUACGGCAAUCUGAAGCGGCCCAUUGACCCUGCCACGAAACGGCCGCUAGAGCCAGCGCAUCGCUUCGAGGUCAACAUCGAGGGCGAUUCGGUUUCCCAGGCCAAAUUCGAUCUGUUUGUCAAGUACCAGACAACAGUUCAUCGCGAGGACGUCUCUCGCUGGAAAACGAAGGAUUUUAAGAACUUCCUGUGUGCGGGGAUCAAACGAUCUCCUGCUACCAUCACCAAAAGCAAUGAAUCGGAGAAAAAACUCGGUUCGUGGCAUCAGUGCUAUCGUUUGGAUGGGAAGUUAAUCGCCGUUGCGGUGCUGGACCUUGUCCCGAGCGGUGUAAGCUCGGUCUAUGUCUUCUAUGAUCCCGAAUACGAGCAGUGGGAGUUUGGCAAGCUGAGCGCUCUACGGGAAAUUGCUUUCUCGAUUGAGCACCAGUACUCCUACUAUUACAUGGGAUAUUAUAUUCACAGCUGCCAAAAGAUGCGGUACAAGGGAAACUAUCGUCCCCAGUAUAUUCUUGAUCCAGAAUCGUACACAUGGGAUCCAUUAGACGGUGAACUGACCGAGAAACUGGACAAGCGUCCUUAUGUUUCUCUCUCGCGAGACCGGUCUUCCGCUGGUACCGAAGACUCAAAGCCAGUAUCAAUCGAGUCUGGUGUCAACGAAGAGGACCUUUCUCUUUUCUCUCUGAAAAUGCCUGGUGUCCUCACUUUAGACGAAACCAAGGCAUUGAAACUAGAAAAUUGGUAUCUACUCUACCACGGAACUUUCGUGCAGAUGAGUGACCUUGUUGGCUGGGAAGACAUGCCCAUGGAUAACCCACAAUCUUUGAGAGGGAUUGUCUCUGAGUUGGCGGCCGCUCUCGGUCCAUCGAUUGUGCAAAACAGUGCAGUAGUGCUUUUCGAUUAA